AUGUCAUCCAGCGCCACCUCCCUUCAGCCCACAAGCAAACUUCCUCCGUCGUCAAAUUCGUCCAACUUCUCACUCGCUCCCCCCGAUACUUCCUUCUCCAAGCGUUCGAACAGCUCAGGGAGUGCUGGUGCAGCUGGUGCAACGCGUCAGACUCCGCAGGCGCGCGGGAACCAGCCGUUAAAGAAACAGCACAAGCAACAGAGAAAGCCGCGCCUCGUGGAUGAGGAUGUCCUGCAUGAGACUCACGCCAUGAGGUCCAUCAACUCGCGCAAGGGUCAAACCUCCAUCACCCACCUGAUGAACUUUUCCCUGCCACCCCGCCCUCAGCACCACUAUCAGCAUCAUUUCAAUCAUCGACACCCAAGACGCAAUCCGACCUGGGGGCUUGGCUCUGGCUAUCAUGCUAUUGACAAAGCCCGCUAUGUUCAUGCGAACUAUCGUUUCGUCGUCCGCCCUGACCGAGAAUACCAUGCUCAGACCGUUGACGCAGAUAUCCACGUCAGCUGGGACGCCGUCUUGCAAGUGCUGGCUUCAGCCGAAACUCAGGAUGCUAGCUGUCCCAUCUGCCUGUCUACUCCAGUCGCUCCACGCAUGGCCAAGUGCGGCCACAUCUUCUGUCUCCCAUGCCUGAUCCGCUACAUGCAUUCGACCGACGAAUCGAACCCUGUUCCCGAAAGGCGGCCAAGGUGGAAAAAAUGCCCCAUUUGUGAGGACAGUAUCUACAUAUCUGAUGCAAGACCGGUCAGAUGGAUUCAGGGCAACGACAUCAGCAUGCUCAGAGAAGGUGGUGACAUACUGCUGAGGCUGCUAAAGCGUGAGCCCGGUACAACGCUAGCCCUGCCCCGAGAUACUGCUGAGAGCAACAACCGCUCCGAUGACAUUCCCUGGUUUCAUGUGGCUGGGAUGAUGGAGUACGCUCGCUUCAUGAAAGGUGGUGAGCAGUAUAUGAAUGCCCAGUAUGAGCAGGAGAUCGCGGAUCUUGAGACUCAAGAAAAAGAGGACGAGCUGAUGUUUGGUGAUGAUAACACGUGGACCCGGAAAGCCGUCCUGGCUAUUGAAGAUGCGAAACAGAAGUUGUCCGGCUUAGGCAAUCCUCCUGUGCUAGCGACGAACGCUUCUACAAACCCACCAGAGAUCCCGGAAUCCUGGGACUCGGCCGAACCAGAGGCUUUUAAUUUGACUUCAGCUGUCAAGUCAAUAACCCUUGAUCAAGGCAACACUACGACGAAACCUGCACCCGCUCCCUCGAGACAUGCUCACGGACCUCAUCGACCAUCGUCGCACCCGUUCUAUUUCUACCAUGCAUUACCAAACUUCUUUCUUUCUCCCUUAGACAUUCGGAUUCUAAAGGCUGCUUUUGGCGACUUUUCCGCAUUUCCAUCGACCAUCCUUCCACGGGUAGAGCACAUAUCUACAGGCCAUAUCAUAGAUGAUGACCUGCGCAAACGGGCGAAGUACAUGGCUCAUUUACCAUAUGGCUGCGAGGUCACAUUCUUGGAAUGUGACUGGACAGACGUCAUCAGCCCAGCCAUUCUAGAGCAGUUUCAGGAUGACAUUAACAGGCGACGAAAGCGGAACCUGGAAAAAGAAGCAAGAGAGGAAAGAGAUAGAAUCAGGGCCGAGAAGGAAGAGGACGACAAGAGGUGGGCAGCGGCUCGACGGCCGCGAAGGCCAAGCUCUGUGCCCAAGAGUUUUACUGAAUCAGAUUUCCAACCGCUGGGCGACCAGCCGGCUCAUACGAGUUCUUCGCCGGGUGAAUCUGGUCUCGCCACGACACCGCCAUGGGGCAACGCCCGGGCACACUCUGCGUUUGCGACAUUGGCCACGCCAGGCACCAGCCCUGACGCACCUCGAACAGUUUGGGGUACGGCGGCAGUCGCCCCAGCCUCCCCAGCGUUGCUCGCUGCGCCUGAACCUGUCAGCGCACAAGUUGACGACGGCUGGUUACAGGGAUGGGAGCAAGAUUUACUCGACGAGGGAGAUGCAGUGGCCAUGGUCGAGGCUUCUUUGACCAAUGGAAGCUCACGCUCCGGUGGUGGAGGUCCUUCGGCGAAGAAAGGAAAGAAGAAGAAGAUCACGCUAAUGUCGACGGGUAAUCGACGUGGCGCUUAG